UUUUUGCAAACAGGCGAAAACUACAGGCAACAAGAAUGAAAAUAUGGUCCUUUGUAGCUCACGGAAAGGAGGUUACUCGACAUUUAGUCGGAACAACAGACACAAACAAUAUGAAUUUCGUCAGAAACAGACUCUCAUUCUCAAACUUUUCGGGUCCAAGGUGGAGACCUGUCACAGAAGCAUGGAGCCUCAGAGGGAUGUGCAAUAAAUCUCAAGGAAUCAAAACAGAGCCUCCAGCUGCAGCUCCAGCAGAAACUGCUCCUCAUCUUGGCUUCAAGAUCCCGGGCUACAAACCCUCAGAGUUGGACAAGAAGAUGUUGCUGUGGUCAGGACGCUACAAGACAGUCGACCAGAUCCCCAAGCUUGUUUCGUAUGAAAUGCUUGACGCUGCCAGAAACAAAGUGCGAGUAAAAGCCUGCUACGUGAUGAUGGCAGCCACAAUAGGUGCCUGCUUGUUGAUGGUCCUCCUGGGCAAACAGGCUGCUGGCAGAAAUGAGUCCUUGACAGGUCAGAACAUGGAGAGGAAGGCCAAAUGGAAGGAGGAACUACAGAGAGAACAGGAAAGCACCAUUGCCUUGCCGGAUAAGGCUCAGUGAUGCAGGGUGAACGUGUUUGCAUGAGAAUCAUCUAACCACCAAAACUAAACUAUACUCAAAUAGUCA